GGUGUUGGUGUGUGAGGCUGUGCUGGGGGUGGCAGGGACCACCAUGGCUCCAGCUGAUUCAGAGUCCUCCGGUCACACGGUGGUGGCUCCAGUGGUGUUCUCAGGCACGGGGACAAGGGCUGCUGCCUCAGUGCUUGCUGCUGCCACCGUGCCUGGUGGGGCUCGUGCUCACCCCCGCUCGGAAGAGCCCAUCAUGAACUUCACCUUGAGGCUCCUGGAUGGGGACCCCAGUGCCAUGAAGAAGCCGCUGGUGCUCAGCCCUGGCUCUGCCAUCCGCCUGGAGGCCAGGGUCGACUUCAGUCCUGGCAUCUCCCUGAAGAUCUACGUGGACCAGUGCUACGGGACCAGCUCGGAGCAGCCGGGACACUCCAGGAGGGUCUUCAUGGUGGUGAACAGCCGUGGGUGCCUGCACGGGCAGAAGCUGGGGAGCGUGGCUGUCCAGCACCAGAGAGGGGUGUCUGCCCUCCGGCUCACCAUCCCGGCCCCUGUGCUGGAGGAUGAGCCCGAGGAGGUGGAGGUCUACGUGCACUGCCUGUUGACGGCGUGGCGGCACGGCGCCAGGUCCUGCUUCUACAGCCAAGCCACGGCCAGCUGGCACAAUGCAGAGGACCCUUCCCGGAGCGCCCUGUGCCACUGCUGUGACACCGGCUGUCCCCCUGGUGACACCUUCCCUGGAGACCUGCCAGGGUUCCCGGGAGAGGGCACACUUCACCAGGAGACGGUUGGACCAUUGCUGGUGCAGAAGGAGAAGGUGCCAUGGUAUGAAGCACCGUGCCGCACGGUGAAGAGGUUCCUGCUGGCUGGGCUGGCCCUGGUGGGCAGCGCCGUGGUGGCAGCCACCCUGGUGGGGGGUCUGCUGGGGCUGGCCUUGGCUGCCUGGCGCCUGGUCAAGCACCGGCAGCGCCGGCGGCGGCCGAGGCGGCAGUGUCCCUUCCACGCCGAGCUGCAGAGCGUGGUGGGGGCCCUGGUCUCCAGGGAAUGGGAGAAAGGGGGUGAGGUGGGUCCAGACUACCGCAGCCUGGCACAGGGCUCGGCGUGAGCCGGUGACCCCCUUCCUCCCCAAUAAAAGGCGUGGUUUUUUCUUUUCUCUAACAUU